GCAACAACAGAUUGAGCAGUAUUUUCGGUGGGCUCAAGAGAUUUUGUUCAUCACGCCUAUACAGUUAAGAAUAAGAUCACAGUCAUCAAAAAGUCCCACGCUUUACAAAUUACAAAGAACAAAUCUUUUUUCAAUUCUCGUCACACCCAUUUCCUCUCCUCUCUCGCUUCAGAUGGGUAUAUACCUGAGUACUCCUAAAACGGAGAAAUUUUCGGAAGAUGGAAGUAACAAUAGGCUGAGGUUUGGUUUAUCUUCCAUGCAAGGAUGGCGUGCUACAAUGGAAGAUGCUCAUGCAGCGCUUACAGAUUUGGAUGAUUCCACAUCAUUCUUUGGUGUCUAUGAUGGGCAUGGAGGUAAGGUUGUUGCCAAAUUUUGUGCAAAGUACCUUCAUCAACAAGUGCUAAAGCAGGAAGCCUAUUCAUCCGGUGAUAUAGGAACUUCAGUUCAGAAAUCUUUUUUCAGAAUGGAUGAGAUGAUGCGUGGGCAAAGAGGGUGGAGGGAGUUGGCUGUUCUGGGGGAUAAAAUGAACAAGUUCACCGGCAUGAUAGAAGGCCUCAUAUGGUCCCCAAAAAGUGGUGACAAAAGCAAGCAAGUUGACAAUUGGGCAUUUGAAGAGGGACCACACUCUGACUUCCCGGGACCGACUUCUGGUUGUACUGCUUGUGUUGCCAUCAUAAGGGAGAACCAACUUAUUGUUGCAAACGCUGGUGAUUCGCGUUGUGUUAUUUCUAGGAAUGGCCAGGCAUAUAACCUUUCAAGAGACCAUAAACCCGAUCUUGAGGUUGAGAGAGACAGAAUAUUAAAAGCAGGUGGUUUUAUACAUGCUGGUCGGGUCAAUGGCAGUUUAAAUCUUGCAAGAGCUAUAGGUGAUAUGGAAUUCAAGCAAAACAAGUUUUUGCCUCCUGAAAAGCAAAUUGUUACAGCCAAUCCUGACAUAAACAUAGUUGAACUUUGUGAUGAUGAUGAAUUCAUUGUGCUUGCCUGUGAUGGAAUUUGGGAUUGCAUGUCCAGCCAACAACUAGUAGAUUUUAUACGCGAACAACUGAAAUCUGAGACUAAGCUUUCUGCAGUGUGUGAAAAAGUACUCGACAGAUGCUUGGCGCCUUCCACGGCCGGAGGGGAGGGUUGUGACAACAUGACCAUGAUUUUGGUGCAAUUCAAGAAAGCUACAUCUUCGGAUGAUAAACCCUCAGCUUCCGAGCCCGAGUUUAAGCCAGCAGAGAGUGAAUCACAAUAAUAUGAUCCCAGUAGGAGGCUAUUUUUAUUCACAGUUAUACACAAUAUCUGUAAAAUGUACAUAAAUUUGUUGGAGAAAAUACAAAGAACAACUCACCACUAUAAAUUACACCUAUAAUAUGUAGA